AUGCCGAUAAACGGGAGUACUAACGUCGAUGUGAACACGCCGGCACUAAGCAAUAGACUAAUGAAUGCUAGGACGAAGGAGGAAUAUAUCCGGCAGAGUCGCGAACAACAGCUUAACGAAUUGGAGAAACAAGACCACGGAGACAAGAGAUCGUCGAGAUCGCGAUCCCGUAGUCAUAGCUCUCCUUCGGUAGAUUCAUCAAAUAGGUAUGAUGGAGAUGUAAAUGUUGUAACCACCAACGUAGCUCCAUGCUACGUGCCCGGGGGAGAUGUGUUACCAAUUCUUAUAAGGAACGAACACAGUAUGAGCCCGUCGAACGGGGAUGCUUAUAAUACUAAUAUUUAUACGGUCGAUAACGACGCUCCUCCUCAAAUGUGCGACACUGCCUGCCAAACGCGCGAAAGUCUCUUCACGACGCAAGGUUACAGUUCUGGAAACUCAACGCCUAGUCACAGCAUCCACACGAACUCUCCACCAGCACCUUUUAGCACGUUUGGUUACAAGAAAGAGGCUAAAUUUAAAGCGGAAGCCAAAAUAGAAAUGAACAAACACGACCAACAGAGGCGUCCUUACAGCGUCCAAACUACAAAAUCAGCGCCCGAUGUCAUCGUAACGCACUGACAAAUGCAAAAAGCCGCUUGGGAGCCAUAUCGUAGACGGUACCCUCGGCAUAUUGGUACUCACGUCUCCUUCAAGGAGAUUCUAGGAACAGAAGGGACUCAAACGUAUGAAACUGAUUUUUAUACAUAAAUUAUAUAGAAACGUUUUUUAUUGAUUAGAAUAUUCAAUAUUUAAGGUAUAUAAAAGAAAAAGCUAUGUUUUAUUACAGAAAUGGCAGUUUUAAGAAACCAAUCUCUAUUUAUACGAAAAUUGUGAGACUUUUAUAUACAAGACGCUUAUAAAACAUAA